CGGUUACGUCACACGAGGCUACCGACUUCUUUCCUCGACCAUUAAGAUGUAGGAAACCUAGUGUUAUAAUAGAACUCAAUACAAUCAUAUAUAAAUUGUUAGCUGAAAAUAUAGAGAGAACAGAAUGCUGUUGACUUUGGUGAGAGAUUAGAAAGAGUGCUUUGCAUGAUAUUCUGCAUGGAUGUUGUCUGUGGUUAUUAAUAUCUCCUCAAAUACAGUAACUUUCCAUAAGUAAUACUUAGUGUGGUGUUGAGGGACACACUACAUGAUUUUUGAUAUGUUACUGAAUGACAUGAAUAUGUAACCAUUCUUUUAAGUUAGUGUUCCUCUACUAAAACUAUUGCUGCUAUUUUUAAGCCAGUGGUUCCUCCAUUCAGUCUGAGGAUGUGAAUUGGGCUGUGAUUUCUCUGUGGUAUUAUUUCCCUUCACACAUACAACACCGUUCCAUUGGACCUCAUUGUGGUAUUUUAUGGGAUUGGGCCCAUGAACCCAAGACCACCAAAGUUUCACCACCCGUGGAGCUAUUAUGGGCAAGAUCUAAGAACCAGGAGUGCAGUUAUCCAGCUUGGGCCAGCAAACACUACGUGUGAUGGGGAUAAGGAAUCAGAUGGUGAAGAUGUUGAGGCAGACAAUGGCAAUUCAUCUGAAGAUUUGAGAAAGGAAAUAAUGGUUGGUUCACAGUAUCAGGCUGAAAUUCCUCCUUACCUUGGCAGAUACAAUGAUGCUGAAAAGGCCUAUGAAAAUGAAGACCAUUUACUCUGGAAGCCUGAUGUGAUCUCCGAAAGCAAAGUUAAGGAGUACCUUUUUGAAGCUUCUUUAAGAACAGGAAAUGAGAAAAUGAUUGGCAGGAUUCCUGAAGGAAUACAAACACGGGACAAUGAACAAGCACUCUAUGAACUUCUCAAAAGUAGCCAUAAUGUUAAAGAAGCAAUUGAGAGAUACUGCUCAAAUGGAAAGGCAUCUCAGGACGAGAUGACAGCAUGGACAGAAGAAGAAUGCAGAAGCUUUGAGCACGCACUCCUGAUUUAUGGAAAGGACUUUCAUCUCAUACAGAAAAACAAGGUAAGAACCAGAACAGUUGCUGAGUGUGUGGCGUUCUACUACAUGUGGAAGAAGUCAGAACGUUACGAUUACUUUGCUCAGCAAACGAGAUUUGGGAAGAAGAGAUACAACCAUCAUCCAGGAGUUACGGACUACAUGGAUCGUUUGGUAGAUGAAGCAGAAGCACUUGGAGGAGCAGUCCACUCUUCAGCAUUGACGUCCAGCAACCGAGCAGAGGCCAUCCCAGAUCAGCAGCUGAGCAUCCUCAACUCUAUCACUGCCAAUGAGCUGACAGCGCUGACCAACAGUGUAGCUACCGUCUGCCACCCUUCCGAUGUGAACUGCCUGGACGAUGCCUUUCCUGCCAUGGACAGCUUGCCCCGAGCACCGGUUAAUCAUGUGCCUGUCGGAACGGAAGAGUUGCUGAACUUGCCCAGCAAUGGUGAAAGUGAUUGUUUUAAUUUAUUUGAGACUGGCUUUUAUCAUUCGGAGCUUAACCCAAUGAACAUGUGCAGCGAGGAGUCCGAGAGACCCGCCAAGAGGUUAAAAAUGGGCCUGGCCGUCCCGGAGUCGUUCAUGAGCGACGUGUCUGUGAGCAACCUCGGCGUGGACUUCGAGAGCCACACGCACCACAUCAGCAGUGCCAAAAUGGCCGUGUCGGUGGCCGACUUCAGCAGCCUGGCGGCGAGCGACGCCAACGGCUUCAUGGGCAGCCACGCGCUGCACCAGCCGGCCGCGCUGCACUCGGAGUGACCGCGCGGCGCUCGGGAGAGCUGCCCAGUUUGCCUAGUCUUUCACUGGAAGUUUGAACUUUAUGACAUCAGUGAUGUCUUUGUAUGUAUAGAACUAUAUCUUGAUUUAUCAAGAGUGAUUUCUUUUUUCAGUCCAUAAAUGUGGAAAUGUCAUAUGAUGGUCGGCAGAGUUUGGACUAAGAGAACUCUGUGGUGCAGCUUUAAGCUCUGCUUCAUUCUUAUGUUUUCUUUUCUUUUUU